CGAAGUCAAAGACCUUCCUCAGGAGCCGAAGCCGUCUGCAGCGCUCACAAAGAGAAGCUGAAGCUCUUCUGUCUGGAUGAUCAGCAGGCCGUGUGUUUGGUGUGUCGAGACUCCAAACUACACACCGACCACAGCUUCUGUCCCAUAGAUGAAGCCGUGCACAAUAACAAGGAGAAACUCAAAGCUGUACUGGAACACUUACGGGAGAAGAUGGGAAUAUUUGACAAUUUUAAACAGACGUUGGAUCAGACUGCUGACAUUAACAAGAUUCAAACUGAAGAAGCAGAGGAGAAGAUCAAGAAGGAGUUUGAGGAACUUCGUGAGAUUCUACGCAAUGAAGAAGUGGCCAAUAACAGUACUGCAAGAGGAAGAGAAGCAGAAGAGUCAGAUGAUAAAGGAGAAGACCUGGAAGACCAGCAAACAGAUCGUAUCUCUCAAAUGUGCAAUCAGAGACGUCGAGGAGCAGAUGAAAGCUGAAGAUGAUUCAUUCCUGCAGAACUUUAAGGGCACAUUGCAGAGAGCUCAGUGCAGCCUGCCAGAUCCGGGGAAUGUUUCCGAUUUGCUGAUCAAUACCCAAGAAUACCUGAGUGACCUGAGGCUCACUGUGCUACAGAAGAUUGACAGCUCCGGGGAGGACCCCAGUGCAAGAGGGGCCCACAAUAGCAGACGGGGCCACAGUUCCAGAGGGGGGCCCAGUGUCAGGGGGGACCCCACUUCCAGAGGGGGGUUCAAGGGGGACCCCACUUCCAGAGGAGGCCAAAAUUUCAGAGGGGACCCCAGCGUCAGGGGGGGCCACAAUUUUAAGGAGGACCCCAAUAACAGAGGGGACUCCAGUUUCAGGGGGGACGCGAGUUUUAAGGAGGACCCAAAUUCCAGAGGGGGACACAAUUUCAAAAGGGGGCAAAACCCUAGAGGGGACACCAGUUUCAGGGGGGGCCACAAUUUUAAGGAGGACCACAGUAACAGAGGGGACCCCAGUUUCAGGGGGGGCCACAAUUUUAAGGAGGACCACAGUAACAGAGGGGACCCCAGUUUUAGGGGGAGGCAUAAUUUUAAGGAGGAUCACAGUAACAGAGGGGACCCCAGUUUCAGGGGGGGCCACAAUUUUAAGGUGGACCACAGUAACAGAGGGGACCCCAGUUUUAAGGAGGACCCCAGUUUCAGGGGAGGUCACAAUUUUAGGGGAAACUCCAAUUUUCGAGGGGAUCACAGGGGCCACAGUACUGGGGGAGCAAAUAGAUUCAGAGGGGGCCGGAGUUACAGAGGGGACUUUAAUAGCGAGGGGGCCAAAGCUCCAGAGGGUGCGGAGGAGUUCCAGGGGAGCCCCUGAGGGGGACAAGUUAAGCUUAGCCAGCUAUACCCUCCACCAGCAAUAAAACUAUUCAAAUAAGUAAAAAUAUGUUGCAUUCUGAAAAUUGCAAAUGCAAGAAUUUGAAUUUAUUGAAAGUUGCAGAGUAAACUGCACUGAAGAAAACUGCUAGUAAAUUUGACAAAUAAUUACAAAGAAAGGGGAAGUAAGAGUGGAUUGAACAUGACAUUUUGAAGUAGAACGACUGUAGUUUUUUUUUCUUUAACUAAGUACUCUAGUUUAUUUUUAUAGUGGCGCACAGAUAUUAUGCAUAGAGGUUAGACAGUUUAUUAUUUCCUCACGAGUUUAUUGAAUCGGUGAUGGACAGUUUGUUGACAGCAGACAAAGGCUUAAUGGCGGUGAAUGGAAUUACCAUUCACACAGAACACAGAAUAGAAGUAUAGAAAGAUACUUCUAUUAUUAACUUAAUUUGAAUGAAUCUACUUUUUUUUUUUUUUUUUUACUAUAUUAAGAUAUCAUCCGAUUUUCAUCAUUAAUUUUUUUUGCACAGUGAAAGCAGAGACAGAGGCAUCAAGGUUUUUUAAGAGUAUAUACAGCCAUAUAAAUCAGCUUUAUUUUUUUCCAUUUUAAUGGAUUCUGUUUAAUGCUUGAAUUACAUUUUAGCAAUAAAAACAUGUCUAAUUAACUGAAAUAUAAGGAAGGAAAGAAUUGGAAGGUAUUCAUCUUAUUAGAAGCAGUGUACCGUGGAAAUGACUUUGAAACUGAUAUUUUAAGGUAAAAAAAUUACAUUUAGUUACUUUAACAACAGUUUAUUAGAAGUUUAACAAAAAUGAAUUUUUUAAACAUUUUUUUUCUUUACUUAAGUUUACUUAAACUUAAAAAAAGCAUGUCUAAUCAAAUUAGUUUAUAAAACAUUUGUUUUAUAAUUAAGAAUAUAAUGACAUUUUUGCAAUAAUAGAGGCAUAUGAAAUCUUUUAUUUUUUUCAGAAACUAUGUGUUGUCUUUUAAUGUGUCUGAAUUUAUGAUUUAAUACAAAUUUAUUGUCAAAAACAGCAGUAAUCAAAUUAAGGCAUAAAAAAAAUUCCUUUCAAUCUUUUUAAAAUGUCAUCAAAUUAAAAUAAAAAAAUUACUUUUAUUUUUGGCAAUCAAAGUUCUGCACAAAAAAGUUUUACUGUUUAAUCAAAAACAUGGAUGAAAAAUUGUGAUAUUUGUGACCCUGGAGCACAAAAGCAGUCUUAAGUCUCUGGGGUAUAUUUGUAGCAGUAGCCAAAAAUACAUUGUAUAGGUCAAAAUUAUAGAUUUUUCUU